UCAAGACUAUUGUAUCUAAUUGUUUCAAUUAAAUGUUACAUAUUAUCUUAUCUCUGUUAACACAAAUUUGCUUGUAGUGUCAUUUCAUCUCUCCAACAUGUUAGACUGUUCUGAAAUUAAUGUAAUUAUAAGAAAAGCCAAAAAAGAGGAUAUGAUCCAAGUUUACAAGCUAAUAAAGGCCCUUGCAGAAUUUGAAAAAUUAGAAGACCAAGUGAAAAUUGAUGAAUCAACUUUGAUAAAAGACGGUUUUGAGACCGGCAAUCCAGCUUUCACGUGUCUAGUGGCCGAAGUCUCAGAUGGACACAUAGUAGGAUAUGCCUUGUUUUACAUGUCUUACUCAACAUGGUUAGGAAAAUCUGUUUUCCUCGAAGAUUUGUAUGUUCAACCUGCAUACAGGAAAAUAGGAAUAGGGAAACAGUUAUUUAUGGCAGUGGCUAAAACCGCAUAUGAAUUAUCUAGCAAAAGAUUGGAUUUUCAUGUCCUCUCUUGGAACCCUGCUGUAGACUUUUACAAAAGUUUGGGUGCCGAAAGUUUGACAGUUUCAGAGAAAUGGGAGCUUUUUAGACUGAAUGAAGAAGCUUUGAACAAAAUGUUUUCUUAAAAACUUAAUUUUAACAAUGAAUACAGUCAAACAACUCACUAAAGUGAUAAGAAAUUACGAUACCGAUAAUGAAUCUGGAUAUUGCAUCUUGUGGUGGACAUUUAGUAGAUGCUCUUCUAGCUUCAUUUGACCAUUGUACACACUAUCACAAAUCUGACACCUAAAAAUAAAAUUCUUGAAAUGUUCAUUAUUUUUUUACAAA